UUUUUGUUUUGUGCUGCCACCUGCUACGCCAUUGCUGUUUUCAAGUGCGUUCUUCACAUCUGUUAGUGACAGAUUUUGUUUCGAAUUUAACUUGAAAACCUCUAGUCUAUGUCAUUGAUUUGAUCAUCAAGAAACUCCAUUGGACUGAGAGCAGUCGUCCGUCGACUACUAGAACCGCCUAUUCGUUGAAAAUGUGAAAAUGGCACUGGGUGAACUGAAUCAGAGAAUGGAAGCAAUGGUUCAAGACCUCUCUGUGGCCCUUGAGGAGUCCUCGUCGGCCCGCAGACACAGAACGUUGGGCAGGAGACGCGCCCGAUCAACCGGAAAUUUGCCUCAGGCUUGCGGAGACUUAAGCGAGCAGUCAAGCAGCAGCCUGGAGGAAACCUUUAGGUCAAAGGGAGUUUCGAGCUUUCAUCAGAGUGACUCGGACGAGGGCAGUCCGACUCCCCACGGAGGUCAUCGCACCCGUUUGCAGAUGCCGGCCAUAGCCCUCAAGUCUCGCCGCACAAACGGAGCUCCGAGCAGGCACAUGAACUGCAUUGAAUCAGAUUCUGUGAAUGAGAAUUUCUCACCAAUACGUCCAACUACGAGAAGGAAGAGGAAGUUCAAGCGAAUGGCUAUUGACCCUGAAAUCGGAGGUCACUCCAGUCUGAGGCCGCCGCCUCCACUGGUCUCAAGUUGGAUCGGCACUCACAGCAAGCACCACCAUGGAACUCGUAGCAGCCUCCAAGAUGCAGCCAAUAUGCUGCUGUGUGGAAAGAGGAAGAGGAGCGUGCGGGAGAGAAGCAUGUCGGCAGUUGAGGGUACUGAGCACCCGAACAGACGCCUGCUGGCUUUCCAGAAGCUCAGCCUCAACAGUUCUACCGACUGCAGCAGCAUGGAGUGUGGCCCUGACAGCUCUGCUAAUAGUGACCACGACAGCAGUUUGAGCAGUUCUGAAAGUGAUCCUGGCAUUUACACCAACGACGAGGGUCGUGAAGGUGAUGAUGAGCAGAGUGACUGGGUCGGCGAUUGCUCGGCAGGAGCUGAAGGGUGGUGGAUGAGGGACGGCGAUCCUGGGGGCAGUGGCAUCGGUUGCAAACCCGAGACAGUCUUUUCAGAGGACGAGCAGUCAUAUCAGCGGAGAUUCCGUCUUUUGCGCACUUCCAUGCAGAGUGGGCGAGAGAUCCGGUCUGGACGGCGCAGGCUAGAAAAGGGUCGGCCCGGAUUCAGCAUCCUCUCCUCAGCCAACGAGAGACUGUCCAAAUUUCUGCAGGAUCCGUGCCAGACUCAGCUAAGACUGCACCCAAUUAAAAGUGGAGAGCAGGAGCAGCUGCACCAGUUGGCGCGGCUGUACUCGCUGAAUGUGCAGCACAGUCAGAGUGGGCCCGACUGCAGCUGUCCGGUGCUGAUCAAGACGAGGCACACGAUGCGCGUCGUCCCAGGCAGCAGCACCCACUACGCCUCCAGGGGCCACUCCUUGAGCGACUACAAGCGGCGCAGGCGGUGCCCUGGACCCUCGACCAGCGGGGCCGCCGUCUUCCACCAGCCAGCGCCCAAGCCUCUUGUUGCCGAAACCCUGCAGUCCGCCGAGUCCACCCCGACCGAAAAUAUCAACACAGACUAAUAAUUAGUCUGGAAACUCCCUUGUCAUUCUGUCUGUCUUUGUAGGUUAAUUAAUGCACUCUUGGAUAAUAAUUUUUGGUGUAGAUCUUAUUUG